AUGACCAGAGCGACACAUGUCCCCGUUGGCGAAGACCAAAGACAGCACCUCGAGUUCUCUCGAUACACUGCCAACAGCUUUAACCACCUCUACGGGCCCAUUUUUCCAAUCCCAGAAGCAUUGAUAUCCCCCGCUAAAAGGGUGAUGUCCCUCAAAGAGCCGACAUCAAAGAUGUCCAAAUCACACGCGGACGAGAAAUCCCGAAUCAUUCUGACCGACUCACCCGCCGAGAUCCGCAAAAAGGUCAAGGUCGCGCUUACAGAUUCCGAAGCGGGGGUUACCUACGACCCGGUACGUCGACCAGGCGUGUCGAACUUGAUUGAAAUCCUUAGCCAUUUGGAAGGUGUAUCCUGCGAAGAGAUCGCAAGUGAACAUCAGAGUGCGAGUCUCCGGGCGCUCAAAGAACACGUUGCCGAGCGAAUCACGUUCCAUUUGCAGGAGAUUCGAGAUCGGUAUAUUAGUAUUAUGGACGAUAAGACUGGAUAUUUGGAGAUGGUGGCUGAGGAGGGGGCUGAGGCCGCACGCGCUAAUAGCCAGAAGACCAUGAGACAAAUUCGGGAGGCGAUGGGGUUGUAA